UCCGAUAAAAGCCCAUUUGACGACCAUCGCCUUGCUUGAGUACUCGAGGCGCUUUGACAUUCUCGAUAUUCUAUCUUCUCUUGCUUUCCUUCCUCUGUUUCGGAAUCGAACGAGUGGAGCACGGGAAGAGAGAGAGGGAGGGCUCAAGGGAGGCGUGAGAAUUAUUAUCUCUUUGCCAACCAGGAGCAAACUGGACUUUUGACUUGCUUCGGCCCUCUUCUUUUUUCUACUUCUGCCCUGUUUGCGUUGUCUUCGGCGGAGCGAACAUGGCUGAUAAACUGGAAGAGGCAGAGUUCUGGCUUCCAGCGGAGUUUCUCGACGAGGACUUCUUCUUCAAAGAGAGCAGAGGAGCACCAGUGGGAACUAGGAACAAGGGUUCGUUCGGUGGGGAUUGUUUGGAGUCCGAGAGCGAAGAGGAGGACUACAUCGCGGCUUUAACUUGGCAGAUGGCGCACUCCUUCCUUGGUGAUGAGAAGUUAACCUAUGCUUCAAAUGCUAAGGUCAUGGCUACAUCACCGCAGUCCACCCUCUGCGACUCCGGAAUCUGGUCGGCGUCGAAUGAAGGCAGUCCGAAUGGGCCAUCACAGGUUUCUUCACCGCCGUCGACUCCUCUUGAGCAGAGGAAGGACGACGCGUGGGAUAUUCUUUAUGCGGCAGCAGGGCAGGUUGGGAGGAUGAAACAGAACGAACAAAGGGUUAAUGGUCGGGGUCUUCUCAUCCCACCUAAAAAGCCUCCAACCUUUGUGGAAGAUCCAGCAACCUUUUACAGAUCCUACAAUCAAAUCCUUGCUCAGCAACAACUUCAAGCAGCGCAGUUUUUCCAGCUAAAGCAACAACAAUUGAUCAAGCAGCAAGUUUCGGCUGCCUGGAGCAGGCAGAACAGAACAACUAGAAAUAACCGAAACAUUGGCUUGGCUGCUUCUGCUUGGCCGCCUCUUCAGCGGCAACAAGGUUCAGGGAUGAGGGCCGUCUUUCUUAACAGCCCAGGAACCCGGCGUGAAUCCACAGGCACCGGAGUGUUCCUUCCUCGGAGGGCCGGCACACACAACGAAAGUCGAAAGAAGCCAGUUUGUUCAACAGUUCUCCUCCCGGCAAAGGUUGUUCAGGCGCUCAGCCUAAACCUCGAAGACACAGCAGUACAUCCUCGCUAUCCAGGAUACAUAUCCAUCGACCCUGAAAUGGUUUCUAACCGCGGCAGCACUCCCAUUCCUGCUCAGAAAGCCCACUACCACCAUCCGCCUCCCGCCAUCGUCUCCGGCCACGAAAUCCGGCUUCCGCAGGAGUGGACUUAUUGAUCCAACUAAUCAAUCAGUAGAUUUGCAGUUAGCCUUAGUAGUUUGAAAAUGCAAUGUUUUGAAGUAAAAGAUUCAAAUUAACAGUUUAGUAUUAGGUUACUUCUAUGGAUUUUUGGAUUGGGGUUUUGUUGAAGUUGGGAUCCGGCAGGCAAGAAGAAUCAGUUACGGUUUCGCUGAUUCGACCGCUUCUGCACAGAAGAAGCAUGGUGGAAAAACAAUAAAGCCCUUUCUUUCGGUGCGUCGGAGAAGAAAGUGUCCAUGGGCAUUCCUGUAAUAAAAUUUAGUUCACCGUUUCCCCCCUACUCACUUUCACUUUUUUGCAGCCUUAUAUUUUGGGGCCCUUCUGCAAAAAAAGAAAUUACCUCCAGCACCGCUUUAGCUUAGCCUAUAAGGAAUAAAAAGGAAACAUAUAUCCUUUGUUUCUUAUGGAUAUUUUAUAACUAAUUUUCAUUUUUCUAGUAUUGUAAUAUGUAGCAUUGAAUGGUAUUGAAAUUUGCCAAAGUUAAUCAGUAA